AUGCCACAUAAAAAACGUGCAAAUAGAAAUCAUGUUCAAGUAAAUAAAAUACUUGCAAAUAGUGAAUUAUCAAUACUUGAUAAAAAUAAAAAAGGUAAAAAAAUUUCUGAUCGAAUACCACGUCGUGAUAAUGAUCCAGCCGAUCGUAAACGAGAACAACGUAUAUUAAAUGAUGAUUCAGAUGAUGACUCAAGUAGAAAACGAUUAGAAUUAAAAAAACAUAUUAAUAGAGAAUUACAACAACAAAAACAACAACAACAACCACAACAACAACAGUCUAUUAUACCAAAACAAAGUCGUAAAAAUAAAUAUUAUUUAAUGAAUCAUCCUGAAUUAAAGGAUGUUAUUAAACCUUUACCAACAAAAACAAAAAAACGUAAACAUGAAUCUGAUGAAGAACAGAAAAAAAGUGAACCACCAACGAAAAAACCUUGUGAAAUAUCGAAACCAUCUAUUUGUGAUAAACUUGUUUCUAAUAUGAUAACAUCUCGUUUUCGUUAUCUUAAUGAAAAACUAUAUACAUCAUCAAGCAUAGAAGCUCAAAACAUGUUUAAAAAAGAUCCUCAAUCUUUUCAUGCAUAUCAUCAAGGUUAUGCAACGAGUAUGUCUCGUUGGCCUGAUCAACCAUUGGAUGAAAUCAUUGCUUAUAUACGUAAACGUUCAUCAAAUCUGAUUAUUGUUGAUAUGGGUUGUGGUGAUGCACGUCUUGCUCGUACACUUAAAUCAACUCAUCCAAAUAUAACUAGUUUUGAUUUAUUUGCAUUAAAUGAACAUGUACAAGUAUGUGACAUAGCACAUACACCAUUAAAAACAAAUUCUGUUGAUAUUGUUAUUUUUUGUUUAUCCUUGAUGGGAACAAAUUUAACUGAUUUUAUUCAUGAAGCUCAUCGUAUACUACGUUUACGUGGUACAAUGAAAAUUGUUGAAAUAGCAUCACGUUUUGAAAAUCAACCUCAAAAAUUUAUACGUAAAAUUGAAUCCAUAGGUUUUCAAUGUUCAAAAACAAAUUCAUUAGAAGAAAAAACGAAUGCACCAUCAAUAUAUUUCUAUACGUUUGAUUUUGUUAAGAUUUCAGAAGAAAUGAAAUCAAAAUCAAUUGUAGCACUUGCACCAUGUCUACAUAAAAAACGUUGA